CUGCAAUUACGAUUACACCCCUCGACUCAUUCCCCCCUACCCCUUAUCCUUAUAUACGAACCUUCGCUCGCACUUUCAUGUACAUGUAGCAUCCUUCUCUCUCUCUCACAUUCACUACUGAAAACAAAAGCUUAUUUAAGAAAUGGCAAAAGGAGGGAAGCUUACAAAGCUGAAGUCAGUGCUGAAGAAAUGGAACUCAUUUGGCAGCAACAGCAGCGGCGGCGGGAGCAGCAAGCAGAGCCGGCACAACAGCAGCGCGGUGGCAGACGACGUGGAGGGGGAAGAGCUCCACCCGGUGUACGUUGGGAAGUCACGGAGGCUGUACCGCGUGUCGUCGGACGUGGUGGAGCACCCAGUGUUCCGCGAACUGGUGGAGAGGUCACGUGAGGAGCACGAUCCUCAGCAAGUGGCGACACGCGUUGCCUGCGAGGUCGUCCUCUUCGAGCAUCUGCUGUGGAUGCUGGAAAAUGCCGAUCCCCAACCCGAGUCCCUCGACGAACUUGUCGACUUCUAUGCCUGCUAGAUAACAUCCAACAUCAUGCACAAAAACAUAACCCUACUAUUCAAAUUAAAAUUACUCUUUCUUAUUAGUAUAUACUUUCUAUAUAAUUACUAGUAAAUAACUCCACAUGCAACUUUCAUCAAUUUUUAAUCAUGUACAUUUCUUUUCAAUAAUUAAACAAUCUUGUCACUCUUCAUCAUUCCUUAUUCAUUUCAACAAAUUAAGCAACAGUAGUAAUUGAUGCCUCUUUAUGUAUGUAUGUGGUCGGUGGUACUGUCCCAAUCUGAUGUGUAGAAUAGUACAAGAAAUUAAUGUAUGGGAAUGCAUGCUAUAAAACCAAGACAUUAUUUUGUCC